AAUGUAAAAGAUUGUGAAACCUACAAAAAUACUUUAAAAAAAAGUGUGUGUGAGGGGAGACCGAUUCCAAAUCCUUAAACUUCUCCAAGAGAAUAUACUAAAACAAAUCUCGUUUCAGUUCUUUGACCGAACGAGAAUCUACGAGAUUUCAACGUAGCACAAACUCGGUGAGACUUUCACUUCUGGCAGAAAAGAAAAUCGAACCAGCAAAGUCCUCCUCAUUUCUAGACACACGGAACGGAAAAAUGGAUUUCAUCAAAGAUUUUCUACCCGAGAGUAUAAAAUCUAUCCCUACACAUAUGGACUUUGAUGGCCAAAGACAAGCGGAGAGAACAUUCCAGAUAAUUAUAAUUCUAUUUGGAGUGGUUGGUUUCAUCUAUGGUUAUAUCUGCCAACAGUUUUCAUGGACGAUGUAUAUAUUAUUAGCCGGAUUUGCACUCUCGUGUUUAUUAACUCUACCUCCUUGGCCAAUGUACCGACAGAAACCUCUGAAUUGGCAGAAAGCGAAGAAGACCGACACAGAGGGAAAUACUUCACAGACCAACGAGAAGAGACACAAAAAGAAGGAAAAAACCUAUUAGAUGUCAACGUUUUUGUAAACCAAAACAAUUGGAUCUGAAUUUUUUUUUGUUUUUUCUUUAAGCCCCUUUUUUUUUUCAAUCUGUUUGCAGAUCUACAAAAAUGUCUGUGCUAU